UAGAUGAAAGACGGCAAUGUAGAUGUACAACCUAACCUGACUUUUGAUUGUUAUGAAAAUGAACCAAAAAGAGGGGUUGGUGGAGAGCUUUGUAAUAGUGCACAACAUUGCAAAGCGACACAACGUCGGCACUUUGGCCCGCAGCGCCACCGCAUUUGGCGUAUCAGAGUUAAUACUUGUUGGGCGCAGGGACUUCAAUUCUUUCGGCAACCAUGGCUCCAUCUCUCACCUUCACUUCCGCCAUUUUCACUCUCUCAUUGAAGCUCGCAACUUCCUCAAGGAGAGAGGUUGUGAUAUAUGCGGGGUAGAGAUUACGAAUAAUGCUGCACCUGUGAAUCAACAUCCUUUUAGCAGGAGCACUGCAUUUUUACUUGGCAAUGAGGGAACUGGCCUCUCAGUGAAGGAAUGUGAGAUAUGUGACUUCUUUGUGUACAUUCCACAAUAUGGAAGUGGGACUGCCUCUUUAAAUGUUACUAUAGCAGCUUCUAUCGUACUUCAUCACUUUGGAGUCUGGGCUGGAUUUACUGAGAGGACUCGUGAUGGAAACAAAUUUGUUGUGGCUGAGAAGCCUACAAGACAAUCAAGGCGUGGUUGUAGUACAGAAACAGAUGAUGCUAUUGUAGAGGAGCGUCGUCUGAAGAGGGAAGAUGCUGCUAAUAGAUUUUUUGAUGAACGUGGUGAUGGUGAUGCAUGUACCAACCUUUUGGAUACCUUAUUUGACAAGUUGGAGGAUAACAAAACGGAUUUUAGUGUGUCAGGUGAGACGUCCAUAAGCAGCGGCUAGCUAGCUUUUUGUAAUGUAAUUGAGUAGCUGUUUUUGGCUAUAACAAUGGCUGAGAUAAUCCAUAUGUAUUUUUGGGCGAUGGAUUUUUUAGUUCAGGUUAUGUUAUCAGGUAUCUUGAAAAUAUACGAUGUAUUCACUGUACCUCGAAGUGGUUCAGAUGUUAGCAUAGUUAAGUAAAUCUUGCAAGUUGAACAUCA